CAGAAAAAUAAAGAACAAUCUAAAACUAAUUAGUCAGAAUAUUUUAAUUUUUACUCAAUAGAAUAAGUGAUUUUUUAUACAUUUCUUUUUUAAUUUUAGGCAUUGGUUUUAAUCUGUGAGAGAGAAAUUAUCAUGAGAUUGCUAUCAGCACUGUACCAAAUAAGUGUGCAUUGAUUAUGUAUUGUUUUUUAUACCACAAAAUAUCAGGAUGUCAGUACUUUAAUGACCAAAUUUAUUGUUGUAAUUAUCUCUAUGCUUCAUAAAUGCAGUAUAUUUCAGAGAAAUAAAAACAACUUAAUUUUGUUUUACAGCUUCUGUUUGUGACUGGCAACCACUGAUAAUGAUCUUUAAUGGAAGUCUUUCAAAGCAUAUGGUGCAAGUAAGAUUCACUCAAGCUCCAAGCUAUUUAAAUGUUUCAUCAUAUGUUGUUAAACUUAUCUCCGCUCAUUCAAAGACUAUAGAAAAUGUAAUUAAAGUGACUGAAGAUUCUGGAAGUGAUUUAAUGACUGUUCAAUUUUUAAAUGUAGAUGAAGGCUAUUACUCUUUAGCUGUGAAUGUAGUUGGUUGUGCUGCUGUUAAAACCAAACCAUUUUAUGUUGGAAGUGAGGACAGCGGUUUGAUAAUCAUCAUCUACAUGUGUGCUGUAAUUUUCUUCAUUUCAUUAGCAGCUCUUAUUUUCUUGAUUUUUUGGAGACUUUUCAAGCGACACAUGAACAUCUUUUCACCAGAAUCGAAGCCUGUUGUGCUAUUUGUAUAUUCCCCAGAUUGUGGUGCCCAUAAAGAAUUUGUUGAAGCAUAUGAAAAUUACUUAACUGCUCAUUGUAAUGUGAAAGUAGAUACAAUAUAUGGUAGUAUUGGAUAUCCACAUGAUUGGUUGAAAGAGAAAUAUUUAGAAUCUGAUAUUAUCAUGUUCAUUAUAUCUGAAGGUAUGUUCCAUUUUUUUGAUCGAGAAAAUAAACCUCCCAUGAAAGUACACCAUUGGCGUAAUCAAUUGCCUGAUGCUGUAGCUUUCAUAUCUGAGUAUAGAUAUCAAUCCUUUGAUGAUGUGCCCAAAAAAAGAAAGUAUUGUAAAGUAUGCUUUCCAUAUUCAAGUCAAGAUCAUAUUCCAAAGUGCCUUGGAAAAGAAAUGGGUCAGUGUUUUUUUCUGCCAGAUGAAAUGUAUAAACUGCUAUAUUUUAUUUUUGACUAUUCUCCUGAAAUGUCAUUCUGUAACAUUUAUCCUAAGCCACCAGGCCACAAUAUCAAGUCAUUUGAAAAAGGUCAGGAAUUAAUUAAAAAAAUUAAUAUUAUGAAAAAUAAGGUAGAAGCUGGUACACAUAUUGAAUAUAAGACUACUAAAAAGAUAGAAAAUGCUUCUGGUAAUGUGACUGAGCCUAUCAGUGAUAAAAAAUAUACUGAAAAAUAUAAAGAAUAUGAAAAUGGGAAAAUUGUUGAGUCCAGUGUUUUCACUCAGGCUGCUGAAGAAUUAUAUGGUAGUGAUAAAGAAUAUGAACAUCUUUUAAAUAAUGUGGCUAAAGAUGAUACAGAUUCACUUAAUGAAUAUUCUUUGAGAGAUCAUUUUAGGAGGAACUUGCAGCAGCAAACUACUGCAUGAUUUUUUAAUUUAUAUAAUAUCUUUAUUCAAAAAGUAGUGUAUAGAAUUGAAGAGAGUGUUUUGUAUAUAUGUAAAUGUGUACCAUUAUGUGUAUGUUUAAUCUAAUGUAAUAUGUUUCAAAUUUAAUAUGUUAUUAUAAUCAGUGAUGCAAUUUUGUAGUUUCCAUAUUUAUCGCAGUCUCAUUUUGCUGUAUUUUUUCUGUUAGUAUAAAUAGACUUCUGAUUGACAUGAAGGGGAAGAUUAAUCGGGCUGUGGGGAAAAAAAAUUUAAUUACAUGAAAAUGCAAAAAUUGCUAUCACAAACUAUGAGAGUAAAACAAGAUUUUUUAAGAGAAAUAUAAAAUGGAAAAGAAAAUGCAUGAAAUAACAGCAGUGAUAACUGAUAAUUUAUAUUUGGAAGUUCAUUGUGAUCAAGACCAUAUCUAUGCAAUAAAAAAGAGAAAACGAUGUAGCAGUAUUGAUGGUGUAGAAUGCAGAUCCAUAGUGAGGAGGAAACAUAGCAACUGAAUAAGAUUAAAUGUUAAUUUUUAUUUCCAUUGACAUAUGGGGUCACAAUUUACUUGGAAUUGUAAUUGUGCCUAGGCUAAAGUGCGCGAUUAUCCAAUACAAGAGAUUUUGGCGUAGAUCAGAAAGGUUUCAGUUCUCAAAAUUUCGAGUUUAGUUUCUCAAUUAGCUACAUCAGUGUUGUGCAAGUUAUAUGACAUAGAUUAAUAUAGAAAUGGCACAGUUCAGGAAAGUUAUUACUAUUUUGGGAAUAAAGAGGAACUACCCAAAUUAAAAAAUGGAAAUUAAAAGCCUAUUGCUAAACUGAAUUAUAAAGCUGAUUUUAUCUAACACAUACACACAUAUACAUAUAUAUACACACACAACAUUGUUAAAUCACCUACAAAAUUAAACUGCUCAGUUUAAAAAUAAAUCCUGUACAGCCAUUAAUCUGGACCACUUGUGGUUUUUAUUGGAAAUGGGAUGUUGGAUGCAUUGGCUAUAAAGACUAAUAUACAAAAUAACACUGAAAACAUUGAGUUGCAGGGUUGAAGAGGAAGGCCAUAUAAUCCUUAUGAAGAAUUAUACCUACAAAUUAUGGAAAAAAAAAUGGGAAAUUCUGCAUAAAUAAGAACUGAGACUGGUAAUAGUAAUCAAAAGGUCAAGUAUAUAGUGACUUUCAUGCUUACUUUAAAAGAUUUUAUCUUUAAAGUUCAGAACUGCAAUGAGAUGGUAAACGUUUCAUGGAGAUCUGCAAACUUUUAUAAUAUUAUAAUUAUAUAAGGAAUUUAUAAUUUUUAUUAAUUUAUAUAAGGAAAGAUUUUUAUCAUAAUGGAACUAAUAAUAUUAUAAUAAUAAUAUACAUAAUUAUUUUAUAGUGGAACUUUUAACAUGUAAUGGAUUUUUAUCAAAUUUUGACAAGGCAAGAAAUCCAUCAAGCAAGAUUAUAAAUUAUAUCCUUAAUUAUCAGUUAAUUGUAGGAAUUCUACUUUAGUGUGUUUGCUGUAUGUGUCUGUGACUGAGACAGCCUUAAGUGGCCCUAUGACUCUCUGUUCAGCCUUUAAUCUUGUGUUUCAUAUUGAUUGCUAUUGAAAUACAAAAAUAAUGUAAAUAAAAACAAACAGAAGGUGUGUUGCCUCAAUAAAGAGUAGUUUUGCUAUUAAGUUGUUUUUGUGACAUGUAUCAAUGACAUUGUUUCAAUUAAUUUUGCUGUACUGUUGUGUAAGAAAUGUCUGAAAAAAAAAAAGAAAAAAAAAAGGGGGGGGAAGCAGAAGCAUAUUGUUCUUUUGUUCAUCAAAAACUUGAAAUUAUCACUAAACUAGAGAACACAUCCAACAUAAAAUCUUUAUUGUUACAGUAUGGGAUAGGUGAGCAUAUUGUGUAUAUCUGAUGUUAAAGGGGGAAAAAAGGAAAUGCAGUUUAUACGUCUAAUUUAGCUGUGGGAAUAAAAGGAAAAAUAAAACUAUGAAAACUUGGAUAAGUUAUGUUUUUUGAGUAGUUUAUCCAACAGACAGCCUAGAGAAAAUCUUUGUGGACUUGAGUGUGUGUGUGUGUGUGGUGGUGGUGGGGAGAUUAACUGUUAUUUGAAGAUGAAGUCAGUGUGUCAUCAGGAAUGGCUUGUAUGGUUCAAAAAAUGACAUCGCAUUCGGGAGCUUGAAAUGCACAGUGAACUUUUAUGAGUGAUCAUAAGAGAGUAUGGCAAAGGAUUUUUACAAUGAGUUAAUUGGUGGCUCAAAAAAUUGCUUCUAGAGCAAAUGUAUAAUGUUGAUAAAAUUGGCCUGUUAUGGAAAUGCUUGCCAUCAAUAA